UAAUUCUGCAUCUUACACCGGGUCUUGGCAAUACCAACAAUUAUCAGCGUUGCAUAACAAAACGACUAUAAAAUUAGCGACGAUGCAUCAGGGCGGAGCAGAAAACUGGUGGCAUAGAAAUCACAUGGAGGGAUGGCGGUUCCCUAAAAUGCCAAUCAAGAGGGAAUUAAUCUAUCGCAUCUUCCGAGCCGCGUAUCCCCAUGGCGCAUUUGUCGACGACGAUCUCAAGAUGGUAGAGCUGCGAGAUAAGGAGGAAGUCUGGCAGAGCAUAAAAGCCGAGAUCGACACCGCGCGCGCCGACCUCGAGUUGCUCAUCUUCAGCACGCAUGAGACACACGGGAUGUCCCCGAAAGACAUAGCUGCGUUCAGGAAUUACUAUGCUCUGGUGCUAGACGACGCGGAGGGUUCGCUGUUUAGAUCGCAGAACGGGCGAUAUCUCGAGUUCAGAUGCAUGGAGGAGCUGCUCGUGCGAUACAAGAUGAACUACAGGAAUAUGUGGAAGUUGCCGUCCUUCACCCCGAGUUUCGUCAUCCCGCCGGUCGGGGGAUAUAGAUACGCGGCGGAUGCUCUGGAAGUAAAGGCAGGCUCCGAUUUACAUUUCCUCACGAUUAAUUAUUCCAAGUUGGGAGGCGAUGUGCGGUUCCCGGUUCCGUGA